AUGCUCUCUAAGGCUGCAUAUGUCCGGCCCGUUGCGGCUUAUUCCGCUUUUGGCAGAACGGCGGCUUGUCAGGUGCGUCAUUCGUCCUCCUUUACCAACGGCAUGGGCUUUGGUAUCACCAUACCGCAGCUCUCCGGCCCUGGCGGCGUUUUCGUUACUAAGUAUAAGAUCACCCGACCCUACAAUGAAAACACGACUUGGGACGACCUGCUGCUGUACAUGCCCGAGAGAGACCAGCUGGCCAAGUUCACGAAGGAUGUCCCUCUAUUCAUAAGGUAUCUCAAAUUGGUCACGGACCAGGAAGGCCGUAAGGAAGCCUUCCGGGAGUUCUACCAGAGAUGCAAGGACGGCCUUACGGUAGAGAACGACAUUUUUCUCACUACUGAUGAGCUGUUGGCCCUCAUGUGGAAGAAUGGGUACACCGAGAAAGAACGGAACGCCAUACAAGCGACCUUCCCCUCGGACUACCGCUUCCACUACCCUGAGCUCUCUGUCCUCUUCGACGUCCCUGAGGAGGACACCUACAAGUUUUGCCUUCGUAGUCGCAUGGAGAAAAGCCAUAUUGGCGAACUUGACUACGACAAGGUUAAGCGGAAGGGCUUCCUCAGAGACCACUGGUUGAUCUUCGCUGGAGGAUGGUACAUCUUCAAGAACUUCCCAUUCUACAACUACCUCUUCUACAUGAAGACCUACGGGUUCUCUCUGUGGUUCGUCAGCUGUUGGUACCUCUUCUCGAGGAUGGCCAACCGUGUUUGGAGACGCAACGAGUUCAUGGCUGAACAGAAGACUGCGGCUGGAGUGAUGGAAGGAGAGGAUAAGAUCCUGAAGAACAUGUCCCGCUUCACCAACGAUUCCAUGUGUGUUAAUUACCUGAAGGCUUUUAAGAGAGAGUCUACCGACAGAUUGGCACAGUAUCGUCACGCGUUGAUCCAGAAGCAAAAGCACGAUGUCACUGAUCGUGUGCUGCAUCAGCUUCAGAACAUCGAGAGAUCUGAGCAUAACAUAGCCGCUUCUAUGCAGGAAAUUCUCGUUCGGGAGACGGCAUCAUCUUUCCGUGAUAUGUUCCCGACUGAUCCCAAGAUGCAGCAAGAGAGCCUCAACACAGCCAUCGCUCAGUUGGCUGGUGACACCGUCGAUGCGUCUAAGGAUCCGGUCAAGAAUCACUUUGUGAACUCCUUCAAGGAUUUGAAAACUCAGGAUGUCUCCAAGGCUACUGCUGAUGCUAAGGGCACUCUGAUACAGCGAUUGGCGUUUGAUAAGAGGAGAAGUGAGAGGGAUUUCGAGAGGCAGUAUAUGGUGACCAAGGCUGAGGCUGAUGAAGUGAGAAGUCUUGCUAAGAAGGCUAAAGGAAAGGGAGGAUACGAUUGGUCAAUACUUGAUGCGACGGACAUGGCUCGUUUGGAGGAGCUCUACACUAAAAUAAACAACAAGGUCGGGUUCCCGAUGCUCAGCGAAGCCGCUGUCCAGUCGGUGCCUGUCGACGCUUGCGCUGAUCUACGAGCAAAGGAGUAUACGACCCAUAUGAACGAGCAGCUGGAAGUGUUACGCGUGAAGCUGCGUAACGAGAGGUUGAAUAUGUUCGCUGCCGCCUUCUGAAGUGGUUGGUCGGCGGAGUUUCCUUGAUUGCUGGUUUCGUUAGUGCCUCGAUA